UAAUAAAAUUUUACAGUGGGAAGGUGGGAACUCUAAAUUGAUUUUAAAACUAAAAACUGAAAAAAAGUCGCGAAACCUGCCGGAGCGUGUACCCAACCCAGUUACCAGAACCUCUGGGGGCAAGUACGACGAAUCCUCUCUCUCUCUCUCUCAUUCCCUUAUUUUCUCUCCAGCGAAAGUCUGAAGUUCGAACCACCUUGUUGUUUGCGGUUUAAAAGAAAGCCUAGUCUCGCCCGCUCCGACCAUUCUCGAUCCUGAAAGCUGGACCGUCUAGUCUCCGGCCACUUCGGUGGGGGUAAGCUCUUGUCAAUCAGGUUCUGCCGAGCUAAUUUCGGGUUUAGCUGAAGAUCAAACUAAAUUAAAGAUGCUGCAGAAUGUUCCGCAUCAAAUUGUGCAUUCUCCAGCCAGGUUAGGAUUAACAAAUCCUAAUUCACCUUCACUUCAAAAUCCUACUCCACCUAAGUUCUCUCAAGCCCCGGUAUCUCAGUUUUCCAAUCAGCAAUCAAACCUAUCAAGUGCAAUCUCCACAUCUUCAUCCUUACUUCCCCUGCUCCCCCCUCUGCCCAGAGCUCAAUCUAUCCUUCUUCAAAUGGCUUCCCUUGCUUCAAGACUUUUUGAAGUAUCACCAAAUAGGUCCCAGUGGAUUAGUUCCUUUCGCGGUUCUCUGCCCACGUUCUUGACUUCCCAAGCCCAAUCUUCAGCACCAUCUCCACCAAAUCUUUUGCCUUCAUCUUCCAAAGAAAUUCUUUCCCUUUUUUCAACUCUUCAAACUCAGCUGCUUGAAGCUAUCACUGAACUUCAAGAAAUUCGUGAACUCCAAGAUGCAAAACAGAAACUCUCCCUUGAAAUCCGGUCAAAGGACGCUGCUAUUCUUACUUUUGCAAACAAACUCAAAGAAGCUGAGCAAGUACUUGACAACCUUGUAGAUGAUUAUUCUGAUUAUCGUCGCCCAAAGCGGUCCAAGUUGGAGGACGGAGCAGAGGGUUCUUUAACAACUGUUACAUCGCAGCUGAAACUGUCAGACAUAUUAUCAUAUGCUCAUAGGAUCAGUUACACAACUUUCGCGCCGCCAGAAUUUGGUGCUGGAGCAGCUCCUCUCAGAGGUGCACUCCCUCCGGCUCCUCAAGAGGAGCAGAUGCGCGCAUCUCAAUUGUACAAUUUUGCUGAUCUUGAUGUUGGUUUGCCGAAGACAGAUGAGAGUAAGGAGAAAACUAUUGCGCCACUGAUUGAUAUGCCUGCUCCAGAAGAUCCACUUUCUAGUCUUGCUGGAAUGAAGAAUCUGCUUCCCCCCAAUAUUCUUCCUCCAGCAGGGUGGAAACCUGGAAUGCCUGUGCAGUUGGAUCUGCCGCUAAUUCCUCCAGUUGGAUGGAAACCGGGUGAUCCUAUUACACUGCCUCCUCUGGACUCUCUUCCCAUACCUCCAACAGUGGACGAGCAGCCUCGACCAGUUCCUCCAAUGUUAAUGAAGGCACCCGAGCCUAUACAGGUCCGGCAUGUGAAGCUUGAUAUUGAGGACGAAAGCAGUGAUUAUAGCAGUGACAUCGGCAGUUCUGAUAGUGAAGACUAA